UAGCUCUCUCAUCAAUAUUAAAACUAUGGCUUCCACACCCAAAGAAUGUCAACCCAACCAUUAUACAACUUUCAAAGCUUCUGACUUUGGAAUAAAAUGAUGAAGUCAAUAACAUAAAUAUGAACUACUUCAAGUUACAAAAAUUUUCCUUUUGGCCAAGCUAAUGGAUUUCUCACAUACCUUUCUCCUCUUCUUCCUCUUCAUCCUCCCCACUUUAUCCACAGCUCAAAGUUGCUCUAUUUCCAAGUGUAUGAAGGACAACUUCGGCAUCCGAUUCCCGUUCCGAAUUCCCGAGCUGCAACCUGCAAGAUGUGGCUAUCCUGGUUUCAACUUAGCCUGCAACGACGCGGGCGUGUCGACUCUAAAUCUAUCGUCUUCAGAACAGUUUUUGGUAAGAAAUAUUGAUUAUGUUGCUCAACAGAUACAGCUCUAUGAUCCAGAUGUUUGCCUUCCUAAAAGGCUUCUUCUUCAAGGCUUCAACUUCAACCUCUCAAAUUCUCCAUUUCUGCUCCCUUUUAGCAAGAAUUUCACCUUCCUAAGCUGUCUACCUCAAUUUGCAACAUCCCGAUUUCCUGUCCUUAGCUGCCUUAGCAACUCCACCAGCUCGGUUGUGGCUACUUCCUCCAUGAGUUAUGUUAGGUCAAUGUCAAAGUCAAACUCUUGCAAGAUCAUGGCUAAUUUAACUGUCCCAGUUGCGUACCCAGAUGAGGCCAAUCAGUUUCUAACCGACCACUAUGGUGAUCUCCUGCUAACUUGGAAUAGCCCUGCUUGCAGUAUCUGCGAAACAGAAGGCAGGCUUUGUGGGUUCAAAAGCAACAGCGGCCUCGGCAUUGCCUGUUUCAAUAAGUACUCAACAGGGGAGAAUAAUGGUCUCAGAAUAUUGCGGAUCAUCUGUGUGGUGAUUAUUCUACCGAGUUUGAUGUGUGUCUUUGGAUUUGGCUGCUUCAUCUGCUUCGCAAGGUGGGGCUAUGGCAUUGCAGACAGCAGAAGAAACCAAGCUCAGCAUCAGCAGCAGGUCAAUCCAGCAUUAGAGACAGAGCCACCGAUCCGUUUGAGUGGUCUGGACGAAUCAAUCAUUGAUUCAUAUCAGAAGGUAAUCCUUGGAGAAAGCCGGCGGCUGCCUGGCCCCAAUGGCAACACCUGCCCCAUAUGCCUCGGAGAGUACUUAACUAAAGACACUGUCAGAUGCAUUCCUGAGUGCAAGCAUUGCUUCCAUGUGGAUUGUAUUGAUCAAUGGCUUCGUGUCAACAGCAGCUGCCCUCUUUGUCGAAACUCUCCCUCUCCCUCCCCUUCUCACUAACUUCAAUUC